AUGGAGGCAAAAGCAGCAGGUUACACUAUGACAGAACCCAGGGAUGAUCUUGCUGGGACAGAUGUGAUAAUUCUUGCUAGAGAACGUGGUUUAAAUCUUGAACUUUCAGAUAUCCCUGUUCAGAGCCUUGUGCCAGAUCCAUUAAAGGUUGUUAUGCAAGCUGGUGAUGCUGAGCUUGAAAUGCGAGGAAGGUGUAGUGUAGGUCAAAAGGUGCUUGCUUCACUUAUCAUUAGAUUGGAAUUAGCAGAAACCUUUUGCCUUAACUGUAGAAUACUUGCAUUUGAUGAACCAACAAGCUCUAUCAUAUCAUAUCAUCUUGUAUUGUAUUGCAUGUUAAAUUACCAUUUGCUAUGUGCAGGUUCUGACAGCUCUAGCAACCUCCUUCCAUGCCCUACAGCCUCUCAAAGUUCCUGCAUUUAG